AUUUCUCUGCAGUAUGAAUAUUCUUUGCCUGUGCAUCCCCCACCUCUCCCAUCGCAGCCAUCCCUACAGCCUCAACAGCCAGGACAGAAACCUUUCCUCCCCCCCACGGUGGUAACCGCCAUCCAAGACGCAGUCCAGAAGGGAGGACCUCAGCCUCCUGUGUACCAGGGACAGCCACCCUUGCAGCAGGCAGAGGGGCCAAUGAUUCAACAGCAGGUGGCACCAUCAGAGAAGCCACCGAAGACCGAGCUACCAGAAAUGGAUUUUGCUGGUCCACAAGGUCCAUCAAUAUUCUCAAUAGCCCGUUUGAUAUCUCAGGGACCACUGCCACGCAAUAAACCAUCUCCGCUUUAUCCGGGAAUGUUUUACAUGUCCUAUGGAGCAAAUCAAUUGAAUGCUCCAACCAGACUUGGCAUCAUGAGUUCAGAAGAAAUGGCAGGAGGCAGAGGAGGCCCCUUGGCCUAUGGAGCCAUGUUCCCAGGAUUUGAAGGCUUGAGGCCGAGCCUCGGAGGCAUGCCCCCCCAUCCCGGCAUGGGUGGGGACUUUACUCUAGAAUUUGACUCCCCUGUCGCUGGAACCAGAGGCCCAGAAAAGGGAGAAGGAGUUGCACAAGGCUCCCCGGUGCCAGAGGCAGAGGCCAACCCAGCCAAUCCGGAAAACCCAGCUCUCCUUCCGGAGGUAGUAAUGCCUGGUGCCCUUGGAGGGCUUCUCGCUCUCCCGAAGGGCAGUAUUCCCAGCCUGGCUGGGGACCCUACAGAGCACAGCAAGGGAUCCCCCGGGGUUACCCCAGCAGCCGCUGACCCACUGAUGACCCCUGGAUUAGCUGAUGCUUAUGAGCCCUAUGUCGCUGAUACAACCACACCCUUGGGAGAAACGACUGUGGAUACCACAGUGACCCCAGACACAGAGCAAACAUCGAUGCCAGUAAACGAGGCCCAGCCGCCCCAUAUUAUGCCUCAUGCGUGGCAUUUCCAGGAGCCCUGAGAGCCCGGAGAGAUCAGCUGCCUUCCGUAUGCACCAGCUCCCCGGCUCUGUCCCCACAGCCUAUCUGUUUGCUAGCACACUUAUCACCCUUCUGCAGCAAAGGCACAGUAAUAAAUACAAGUGGCUAGAAAUAGUGUAGGUUCCCUUCUUGCUUUCAUUCUCUUGUUGAAAUAAAAGGUGUUGACUGUCUCUGUGAUGUGGAAAUACUAUUGAUCUCUGCAUUUGAAAAUCACUGUUUCUUAGCUGUCUUGGGCAUUAUAGAACUGCUCUUACACGUGUGACAGACACUGUUAUAUCCAGAAAACGUGACACUGCUUUGGGUAUUUUUCUCUACGCAAAGGCACAUAUUCUCAGAAUUAUAAGCUAUCUCAUUUAAAUGUUACUAAAUGGGGAUCAGUGGACAAUCCCUGACUGGUAUUACUGGGUUUGGUAUGUUGGACUUUAAAUUCUCAUUUGUAGAGUAUUUUAUUUAAUCUAGUAAAAACAUCUGGCCUAUUUUAAAUAAAG